AUGAGUUUCAUCCCACUCUUGACCACAGGACUCAAAGUCUUUGCUUGUUUCUGGGCGCUUAUCACCUUCUCGGUAGCUGCUGCCUUUAUUUCCAAAGCCAAUGAUUUCUUUGGAAGCAGCUAUGUACAGGCGACAAAGCUGACCGCUGGAAAUGCCAUCAUUGCUGCUGGUGUGCUCGCCUUCUUUCUGGUCUUGACAGUCGCAAGCCCCAACAACAUCUUCAUCUCCGUAAUGCUGGACGCCGUCUUUUUGGGUGCCCAGUUCAUCUUCUUCUUGGGAUCUGCCGCUGCGUUGUCCACUCUGGCGGCAUUGACCCGCCGAUCUGAUAUGUAUACCUGGGCCAAAUUGGGCGAAGCCACACUUGGUCUUGCUUGGGUCAUGACGUUCUUGCUCUUGGGAAUCCUCGUGUUGGAAGUCGCCUACACCCUCACCCACUUUGGCGGCGGGUACGCCACCUGGCGAACGCCCUUCAAUCAGCUCGUGGCGUACGGCACCGGUGCGCAUACCAAACAUCACACGCCUGCAGCGCCCAUGGCCACCGUCAGCCAUGCUCCUACGGCCACUACUGGCACCCACGCUCCUGGAUCCCACAUCUCACCGGGGGUCGGUACAGGCGUCAACGAGCACAACUACCAGUUGGCACCUCCACAGCCGCGAGAGGCAGGGGGUACUCAUCUUGGUACAGUAAACCCGACGGCUGCGAACCGAGUGUGA